UUUUUCCCACACCAAGGUGAGGACCAUGUCACUGUUUCCAUCACUCCCUCUGCUUCUCCUGAUUGUGGUGACAGCAUCAUGUACAGAAACAGAAAACUGUGAGAAUGUACAAAAGACCUGCCCUGUGAUUGCCCGUGGUUCUCCAGGAAUCAACGGCCUCCCAGGCAAAGAUAGGCAUGAUGGUGCCAAGGGAGAAAAGGGAGAACCAGGUCAAGAACUCAGAGGCUUUCAGGGCCCUCCUGGAAAGGUGGGGCCUCAAGGAAUGCCAGGGCCACCUGGGUUACCAGGACAAGUGGGCCAAAAAGGAGACCCUGGAGAUGAUUUGGCAGCUCUUCGAUCAGAACUGGACCAGCUCAAAAAAUGGCUGAUCUUCUCUUUGGGCAAAAAAGGUGGGAAAAAGUUUUAUUUUACCAAUGGUGAAAAGAUGACCUUUGAUGAAGUGAAGACUCUGUGUGCCCAAGCCUCUGUGGCCAUUCCUACUAAUGCUGAAGAAAACAAGGCCAUCCAGGAUAUAGCCAGUGGAGGGGCCUUCCUGGGCAUCACAGAUGAGGAGACUGAUGGCCAGUCUGUGAAUCUGACUGGAAAGAGGGUGACCUACCAAAAUUGGCAUGAUGGUGAGCCCAAUAAUGCUGGUUCUGAGGAACAUUGUGUGUUGAACAUUGUGUGUGUCACAUGGAAUGACAUCACCUGUUCUGCCUCCUUUUUGGCUGUCUGUGAAUACUCUGCCUGA